UGGGGAUAAGCGGGUGUAAGACGGGAAUUCUCAAUCGGGUGCUUUCCAUGAGGCAAAGUAUCAUUCUCAGCCGCGCAUCCAGGCCAAAUUCGGGCGACACAUGGCAUAAGUGGCGCUCUAUCCCGAACAUGGUCACGUGUUGAGGUUGGUGGUUUGUCGCGGCUCUUGUUUCUGACCUCUUCCUUACGCCCGUUACGCGCUCUUCACGCACUCGACGCUCCCUCAAGACACAGCACACGAAAUCACUACUAUGAUCCCACUCAUCCCCGCUCUCGCUCUCGCUAUCCUGUCCUUCCUAUGCUCUGCCUUUGUUAUUCUACGUAUAGUACUUCCCAUUUUACCCCCUCACCCGUGCGUGGUCUUCUCGAGGCUCUUCUCUACCCAUCCUGAUCCGCGUAUAGACUCAGCCGACGUGUUUCUCCGUCCGAAUUCGGGCUUCCCAACUACAGGUCUUUGACUCCGUCCGACAAGAGGUAAGCUUGCUUUCUUCUUUUGACGUACACAUGGUCACGCAUUUUUUUCAGCCACCUCUGGUUGGCAAUUCUGGACAUCCUCGCUCUCGCUUCUUUCGUGUGGCAGACAGUCUCUGGUGCACCAACCAAUGUGACGACCGCACUGGAUCCCAUGUCAACGUUCAGGCUGUGGUUAGCCAUGACACUAAGGCAAUCCUGCCUUCUCAUUGUGGUCGGGCUCACACUGCUUCAUGUGCGCAUGGCUAAGCCCAUUUCUUUCGGCGCAAAGCACUGGAUGCUCUGGAUGCCGACCACCGUGUUGGCUGGGACCUCCACGGGUAUUGCUGUCGUUCUCUCUGGAGCGCAAGUCCCCAGCCUGUUCAUCGGCGUCAUGUCGUAUUCCACCACCAUCGCCUUGUCGACUACAGUUGCCUUCUGCUGUCUCGUCAAGACGCUCUUGGCCAUCAAACGGAAUCUGGCUGCCAUCGACGAGGACGCGGAGCCCUGGCCACCUGUGAAGAUGAGCGAGCCGGCGCCCCGCCCCUCUUUCGCCACGGAAGAAGUUGAUGCGCUCCGUGACGGUGCCUCUUGGAUUACCUCGAACGCUUCGAACGCUAGCUCGCGGCACGAUUCUGUGGGCGGAUGGUCGUUCUCCACGCACGCUCCCUCCACUCACGGCGGACGCCACGGAUCGAUGAACCACCCCUCCGUGCCAGCCAAGUCUGGGUACUGGUUUAACUCGUCGACUCCAUCCGAUGUGCCUCCCGUUCCGCAGGUUCCAUCGGAGUUCGGGCCGCUGUCGCCGACUGCUCAAGAGUUGGCUGAACCGGAUCCUUUCCGCCGUGAUGCGCCACUCGAAGGGCCCCACACUCCCCGGCCGCGAUACGAUUCGCAAACGUCCUGGCUGACAUCGACGAAUGGAACCCACACGGUCGUUUCUGCGUGGUCGUACCCUUCCUCGAUUGGGCAUCACUCUGAUUCCCGCAACGUCAGCGCGAUCAACUUGAAUGACGAGCUGCUCCCGUCGCACACGGCUGUCUCACGGCCGACUACGCCUGCCAUUGGCAAUGUCCGUGUCUUGGGAGGAUAUGGUCUCCAUGCUGAUGCAGAGAAAAGUCUCGCGGCACUCGCUGCAGCUGCCCCCUCGGCUGAGGUUGAUAUUUCUGGAUACCGCGCUAUUGGUUGGUUGCUUUUAAUUUGGGCACCCGUUGUCCUGUCCCUGCCAUAUCUCAUUCUUUCUCAACAGAACCCGACCCCACCAGCCUUCGUGUCAAUCUUGCUGUCGCUCUCGGUUACGGUCUCUUCUCCGAUCCUCGCUCUCAACCUGAUUUUCCAAUCGCCGAUGCCUGCUCCCGAGGGUUUGUUCGACACCUCGAGCGACUUGCCAGCAAACAUGACACGCAGCCCGCUUGCUGGCAGCGUUCCUCCCUACGGCAAAUGGUCUCAUGAAUACAAGCGCAGCACGAGUGCCAGUGUCACGGUCGUCGAAGGUCGUCGAAGCGGUGAUGUGUGGCUGGCCAAGGGAGAUGCUGUGGAUGGCCGAAACAAGGUUGGGCGAGCCUUUGGGAUGAUUUCCCCGAUGCCCAAGUUGUCUGUCCUUCCCUUGGAGGAGAACCCGCAAGUUCGCGCCCCACCGACGCCAAUCCCUGACGACGACUCGUCUCUGCCGGUUUCCAUCCACAACAGCACGCAGUCCGAAAUGAGCGCACAAUUCGGUCGAUUGCGCGAACAUAGCUCGGCUGUGGACGAGAGCUCUGGCGGACAGAUCAUGGUUGCGCACCGUCACUUCUCAACUCUCGCACAGACUAUGAUGGUAUCCAGCGGUGCUUCACCUGAAAAGCAGGAGACCCAGGGAACAUCGACCGCAGUGCGCCAGUCGGCACAUCUCCGCACGCGAUCGACGUCUUCUGCUCAGCACGGUGAUCGCAACACUAAUAUCAGCCCGCCACCUUCGUUCCCCUUGCCCCCGACGCCUCCGAGUGUCCGCGCCGCCCGUCUUGCCCAUCUCAAGCACCGCAAGUCAUUCUCAUCUGGAUACUCGUUCGGGCCUGUCGACGACAUCAACGAGAUCGACGUCAUUUCGGCGGGGAUGCUGCCACUGUUGGUUCCAGGCCUCAAAGUGGGAAGUAACAUGAAGAUCCGCGAUACGCCACCUGCAAGCUUCAGCCGCGCUAAGGGCAAGCGGGCUUUCCAAGAAUUUGGAGGUGACAUCUCAUCGCCGCAACUCCAUUCGACGCCGGCUGGGUCGCAGAAUGUCAGGUCGAAGAAGAGAUCGAUGCACGGCCGUCACCACUUCAGUCUCCCUAGCCUCGGGCUCGGCAAAGAUGGAGUUCACCCUCUUGCUGAUGAAAUCGCCCAGGCUUUACAAAAUCACGACGCACGUCGAGUGACGGUCUUUGGUGGAGAGUCUGUUGACCAUGUCCAAGUUCGGGCUGGAACACAGCUCACUCGUGCUCUUUCGUCUCGUCGACUCGGUCUGCAGUCCGAUGUCCCGCAUUCCGCACGCCAAUCGUUGCAGUCGUUCAAGAUGCCCAAUUCUGCCGCUUCGACUGCGACGUUGUUCGAGGAGUUCGACGGCGAAGGCCCCCAGGCCGAAAGCACGCCUCACAACAACAUAGCCAACAAGCCUGUCUCGAAACAACGGCCUCCUCCCCUGCCACUGCCGAACCGCCGUUCCAGCAUCGUUUACAUCACGUCUCCGGUGGAGGACCCAGCGACGAAUCCGUCUGCGAUGUCGUCGAUUGCGCAGUGGUCCUCGCGCGUGAUCGCCCGCCCGGCCAAGCUGCAGCGCAAGAUUUCUGACGCUGUGCACAAGGCCAAGCAGAAACAGCAGCCGGGCUCGCCUGGAUUGCGGCCGUUGGCUCUGCUGCAGGACCGGGACGUGAACUCGACGCCUCCGUUGUCGCUGCGGAAGAAAAACCACGGGAGCAGCCGCAUGAAGGGCGAGAACGUCUCCCCAGAAUACGCGGCAUCGUCUGCGGGCAGUCGCCGCAGUCUCAAGCCCCUGCAACUGUCGCGGAAGGAGACUCGGGUGGACAUGCGGUGAUGUCCCCUUUUUGAAUUUUCGUUUGCUUUUUUCCUGCUUUGAUGAUCGCUUUGCUCACAUGUUAUGCUCUUAUCCCACUGCUUGACGCUACCAUUGUUGUUCCAGUAUAUCCACUUGCUCGCUUUUUCGUUAUCUUGCUAUUGACCCAUCACACUGCUCUCUGUACUGAUUACUGCUCUCGAUCUAUGCUCAAAACUAUGCUCUCUGUCGCUUAUCUCUGUAUUUACGCACGUACUUAUCAUUGCUAGGUCAAGAUUCAAGUUCAUCACUGCGAACGUUGUCUGUUCUCAACUCAGCUAAGAUGCUUCAUCCCAAGGCUAUCAGAAGCUGUGCGAGUUCUCAGUCCAAAUCCGCCACGUGAUUCAUGUGACGUGAUCUCGUCGGUCACGCACAAGAACUCUACGACUAGAAACUGAUGGAGCGUACACACUGACACACACUCGGAACCGAUUUCUCUCCCACCUUCAUCACUUGCAUCAUCUUUCCGCGCGUCGCUAGUCUCUGUCCACCCACACUCGCAGCUGGUCUACCAUAUCAUGGACUUUGACGAGUCCUCCGACAUCCUGGGCCGCAACACCAAGCUACCCAUGAGGGCCCCAGUCGCGGCGGCCUCGUCCUGGCCGGGCGUGUCGAAGAUGGCAUUCUAUGUCGCGCUGCUGUUGAUGGGCUAUCUGGGUGUCAUGCGUGUGUGGGCCCGGUUGGGACGAUGGAGAGAAAAGUCGCACCGUCUGGCGACACGCCGGCGGUUCGGCAUUCCUGACCACGACCACCGGCCCUUCAACGUCGCGCAUGCUGCGGCGCUACGCGCGCAUCGCGAGAGCGAGGUCGCGAAUAACGGCGUGGAGAGGGUUGAUGUCGACGCGCUAUAUGCGCAGGCUGCGGCGGACAGGGAGGGCGAGGGAGCUGCGAGGCAGCGCAAACCCACGUAUGCGAACACGCAACCCUCGUGGGCAUCGGGGGGUUCAUCCGGCACUUCUGGGCUGCCGGGUAAAUUCUCUCUAAGUCGUGAGCGACGACAUUUCCCGGUGGCGGCGAGUGGUGCCGAAAUAUCUUCUCCCUUCGGCCCACGCAUGGCCCAUCCAUCUCCUGCUGUCCGAUUCGCCGAACGCUCUUCCCAUAUCCUUUCUUCGCCCAAAAAACAAAAACGCACUCUGGAUGAACAGGAUCAUCUGGAAUCGGAUGAGCCUGAGCAUCCCAAGAAGACACGCGUCGAGGGCGAGGAGUUCAUCGACGGAGAUGAAGCCGCCGAAUGGAUACCCAGGCAUCACAAACGGGGCUCAAAACGAGUAUCACGGGAUCAAGCUGUGGAUGAGGACCAGGAUGCUGCUGAGCCGAUCCGGGGCAAGCGGGCGAGGAAAGUCAGUCUUGAGAAGGAUGUGGCGGAAGUUCACGAUGUGGAUAUGGACGAUGGAGAUGACGGUGAUGGUGACAAUGACAUGCAAGUGGAUCCUGACGAGACCGGGCCGUCGGUGUCGACCUCUUCAUCGCGUGGCAAGAAACGGACAGGGCGUGAGGUGGAGAAUGACGAGGAAAGCGGCAAAAAAGCGAAGCGAAAGCGCCGAUCUGCGCGAAAAUCCGAUGGAGCUCUGCUUCCUGUGACACUUGUGCCUUCUCGCGGCCAGAAGCGGGACCGUGAUCGAGACGGGGAUGAGGCGAGCGACGAUGAAGUCUUGGAGACUCCAGGAAAGCGGAAGACCAAAAAGAGAGGGAAGAAGGGCAGCUUGGUACCUGUCGAAGACGACGGUGGGGUUUCCAGUCCUGCAAAGGGCAAACAGCGGGAAAUUGGCGAGGAAUGGGAAAGCAACGGUGUUUACUACAAGGUUGGACAGAACGGACAACGGAUGAGACAGGCUCUCGUUAAGAAAGCUGCGAAGCGAUUCAAUAUGCCUCUGGACUCGGAGCAUCCGGAUCGGGACGAGAACUUGGAAGUCUGCGUCGAGAUGUGGUUGACAGAUGAGGAAUACGACAAGUACAAGGCACAAAGUCUACUGGCGUGGCAAGAUUCGCCCAAGGCUCCGCAGCCAGCACCGGCCGCCGAAGUGCCAAUGACGCCGACGCCGAUCACGAAGCCGGGCAAAAACUUACUGUGGGAUUCGCCGGUCUCCCCGUUCCCCAAUGGUUAUACGCCCAGCCCCGUGAAGGAGGUGCAGCCCAUGCGAUUCCGACAAUCGAUCGCGAGCGAUCUGGGCGUGCGAAUGAAUCCGUUCGACAGGGCUGAGCUCCUGAAAACAGGCGGCCGAAUGCGGCGGCUUGGGGGGUUGAGGAACGAGACGGGGACUGCUGGUGCGAAUCUGGUCGACAGCACGAACAAUGUGGCUUCCCGACCGAGUCCGCGGCGUGCGUUUUCCAAGUGGGAGAAGCAGGAUCUCGAGGCCAAGGCGAUGCUCAAGAUGCGGGAGGUGAACCAGGCUCGGCUGAAGGAAAAGGAAAAGGAGAAGCUGGCGGUGGCGACGGUGCCUACGAUUGCGAUCACGGCGCCGGAACCGGCAAAGGCCGUGCCAGCACCGGCACCAGCACCAGAGGGGGCAAGCAAGAGUCCGUUCUCGUUUGGUAGUGCGCCUGCAAAAGAUGCCACGGCCAGCAGCCCAGCAGCCCAACCCGGGCCAGGCGAUAAACCUGCAGGCAACAACUUUUUCUCACUGGGGGCCCCGAAAACUGUUACUCCAGCGGCGGACGCGGCGAAACCCAACGCUGCUGCUGCUGUUGGGAAAGAUUUGUUUGCGGCGCCGCCAGCGAAGCCUGGCAACAACUUUUUUGCGGCGCCGGCGACGGCCGCAGCAAAAUCCUCGUCGCCUGCACCUGCCGCUACCAAGCCUGCUACAACCAACUUUUUCGCUGCACCAGCGGCGGCCCCUACAGCGCCGAAGCUGCCGGCCGCUAACAACUUUUUCGGUUCUCCAACGCCGGGAGCAGCCUCGGCACCGGCACCGGCACCGGGGGUUGCUAAUCCGUUCCCGUCUGCUCAAGUACCUCAAGUAGCGAAAACAUCCGACUCCGCGUUUGGGUUUGGUCAGAAAGUGCCGGUGCAGAGCCCAGCUCCAGCUGCAUCGCCGUUUGGAUUUGGCCAGAAGACAUCGGCACCGGCCUCAGCACCGUCAGCGCCAGGACCGGCGUCGACGGCGUUUGGGCUCCCUCAGAAGGCACCGGCACCGGCACCGUCAGGGCCAGCUGCACCUACGUUUUCCUUUGGCCAGAAGGCAACUGCUCCGGCUCCGGCACCACCGGCUCCUGCAUCCGGCGGAUCGUUGUUAUCUCGGAUGGCAGGUAAACCUGCGGAGAAGGCAGGCGCUGGUGAAGCAGCAAAGUCGGCCUUCCCUUCCAGCGCUCCCAAACCGCCGGUGGCUGGUGGUAGUGCGUUUGCUCCUCCUGCUGGCAGUGCGUUUGGGUCCACGACGAAUAAUGCUUUCGGUGUUCCGGCUGCGAAACCCCAACCCGCUGCGUUGGCCGCCCCAGUUCCGGUGAAAGCUGCCCCUGUAGCCGCCCCUGCGGCUGGCGCUGAUGCAACUGCCACUGCGACCCCAAGCUUUUCGUUCAAGGCGGUGACGGCGAAUGCUAAACCGGCAGCAACCAAACCAGCAGCAGCUGCGACCACUGUGCCGCCAAUAGCGGAGGCACCCAAUUUCGCGUUUGGUGGUGGUUCAGGGUUCGGUGCUAAGCCAGCGGACGGUACCACUGCGGGCCCUUCAUCGACGGCGUUCGCGUCCGCUUUCGGUGCUGGCAAAACUGCGCCAUUGGUGGGAGCAGAUGCGACAAAGCCCGCGGAGACGACUAAACCGGCUGUUGCUUUUGGAGAUUCUGCAUCACCAUUCGGCGCCAAACCGGCUGACACGGAAUCUGCGUUUGGGAAGCCGGCACAGUCUGCGUUCGGGAAGCCCGCUGAGACUGCGAAUGUGUUUGGUGGCAAAGCAGCCGAGACACCCUCUGUGUUUGGUGGUGCUGGCCCGGCGUCUGUGUUCGGUAGUCAACCUGCGGCCAUAUCCAGUCUGUCUGGCGCGUUGGGGGAUCCUAAGCCGUUUGCAUUUGGGAGCGGUGGUGCUGCUGACAAGCCAGCGACGACGGGUUUCAGUUUUUCGAACGUGAAGGAUGGGGAGGUGAAGCAGCCGCCGGCCAAUGCGUUUGGGGGUGCGGUCGCGGGUGGAUUCGGAUCGACACCGGCCACCACUCCGACGACGGCGACGCCGGCUCCAGCUAGCGGUUUCAGCUUUGGUGCCGCGGCGACGGCACCACCGACGACAGCACCAGCACCAGCUAGUGCAUUCAAAUUCGGUGGCGCUGCGACACCGGCCAGCAGUCCGUUUGCAACGGGUGCAUUCGGGUCGACGACGGCUGCACCGGCAGCGACGUCAGGAACGGCGGCCACACCAGCACCUGCCGCGGCGAGUACGUUCGCUUUUGGUGGCUCGACGACACCUGCGGGCAGUCCGUUCGGUGUGAAACCGGGCGCAUUUGGUGCAGGGACGACUGCGCCUGCGCCUGUUUUCAGCUUUGGCAGCAACUCGACUGCGCCCGCGGCUGGAGCCAAUGGAUCUACUACGCCCAGCUUCUCAUUUGGUUCCAAGUGAUUCUGUUUCGUUCGACUUCUGCCACUGCCGCAUAUCUAUCUUACGUACGCUCGCUCUGUAAUCCUUGCUAUGUACUUUUACCACGAGAAGAUUCGAAGAGGUUGCAGAUCUCCGAAUCUUGGAAUUGUUUGUUCUCAGAAAUGCAGCCGUCGAAGCAUCAUCCCUGCCAUCUCAGUAAUGACUUUUGGACAGCACUAGUGGUCAUUCCGAUUAGUCGGUUUUCUCGGCUGAGCAUCAACCAGUACCAAGAUCCGAAGAGGAGAUCUGCUACAUACCUUCUGAGAAGACUGCUCGGAUGCUGUGGUUCAGGAUUGUGAUUCAGCUAGUGCAGUUGCAGCCUUGGACAAGAAGUUGUUAUGCUAUAUGUUGAACGAAGGUGCACUUGAU